AAGAAGGCAGCCCAGUCGAAGAGGGUUCUACUUCGAUUUAUAGGGCGCUGCUGCCGGUUGGGAAGAAUUUAGACAUUGUAGGUACAGUAGUUGGGUUGGACUAGUUUGGUGGGUAUAGGAGGAGCUGAUGACCAUAACUGGGGGAAUAGCCGAGGCGGAUGCUGCCUCGGCGACCAUGGAAGUGGAGGCAUACAAGCGACUCUACCCACUGCAAUUCUACGAGCGUCAUCUGGAUUCGGAUGUUCGCCCUGAUGGUCGUCCGUUAACGCGUGCUCGGCCUACCUCUGUCAAUCUCGGCUCUAUCGCAACUGCAGAUGGCUCUGCGUUGGUUAAGAUCGGCAACACGACAAUGUUGGCAGGAGUUAAGCUGGAGGUGAUAACUCCUUCUACUGCAUCGCCGAAUCAAGGCCAAGUUGCGGUGGACUUUCAGAUGCCAAGCAUCUGCUCUCCUCUUGUGAGGCCUGGAAGACCUGCUGAAGCUGCAUGGGUUGUGUCCGAGCAGCUUUCAAACGCCCUUGUUAGCUCAAACUUUGUCAAUCUACAGCAGCUUUGUAUUGUGCCUGGGAAGGCUGCAUGGAUAGCUUACGUGGAUGUCUACUGUUUAGAUGCCGACGGUUCUUUGCUAGAUGCUGCACUUCUAGCUGCAGUUGCUGCCUUGACCCACUUGCAGUUACCAGCCGUAAAGGUCACCGAAACAGGUCGCGUUGUACCACUUAAAAACCAUAAUGGAGAUGCUGGACAGGAAGUUGACAGUAUUGCAAAGAAAAACGAGGAUCAGAUUGUGAAGUCCAGGCAGCGUUUGGAACGGAGUUCCAUGCCUAUUGCGCUUACAUGCGUUAGCCACAGAAAGCAUUUGCUUGCGGACCCAUCUGCUGAGGAAGAAAGUAUUCUGCAAAUGUCACUUACUGUAAUCAUGGAUACUUCAGGGAGGUUGAUUUCUUUCUAUAAGCCUGGGGGUGCUGUUGCCGCUACAUCAGCUACUGUCAAGGAUUGCAUCGAACUCACUAAAAAAAGAGUCGCGGAAGUGAACAGCAUAUUUGAGGAGGCUUACGAGGAAGCCUGUGGAACCGAGAUGAUGGUAGAAUAGGAGGGCUUUCCUUUCAACUGUUUUAGCAGUGGUUACAUUUUUAAGCAUAUCAUUGAAGUUAUCUUAUGAUCUAUUUUUAGAAAGAUUGCUAUUCAAUCUGUUCUACACGGUUGUAUACAAUUAGUGUUCAUGAGGUGUUUUCACAGUAGGAGUCUUGCUUUAGGAGUAGCAGCAAAAGGAUCUAGGAAGACAGUAGUGCCAUUACUGGAUCGGUGUAUGCCACCGAAGUCUCGGCUUCUACAAGAACUUCGAACAGUAGUAUGUCAUGAAAUCACAUCCGUCUGGUUCCGCAGAAUAGGCGGCAUCAGAUUGUAUUUCAUCAAGCGUACUUUAGUUGCUAUCAAGUAUCUCCUAUAAAUCAUAGUUUAGGUCUCAGAGGACGAUGCUUUAGCCGGAUCACUGGGAAAGACCAAAUCGUUCUAACAAUUUUUGUAGGUAGAAGGUAAUGGUGGUCAUCCGGUUUUUGACAGAGCACAAAUUUAUCACCUAUUACCCAAAAUUUAAGUGCCUGCUUUACUUUUAUA